AUGAGUCAUGCAUCAGUUAAUAUGAGCAAACCACGUCCACAUAGUUUAGCAUAUGGAAUAUUUAAUACAUUUUUCGGUGCGAAAUAUAAUACGAUCUUGGCAAUGUUAUUGAUUUUCGAGACGUUUUUGGGGAUUGGAUUGGUCUCGUUGUUUUUCUUGAAUAGUUUAUCGAUGAUUGGAUUGAAUAGUACACAAAUUGCAAAUGAUUAUCGAAGUUGUAUGUUGCUUAUUUUUGUGGUUUUGCAUAUUUUUGCAAUGUUUCAAAUGCGACAAAGUCAACAAGGAAUAUCAACUGACCCAAAUAAGUGAGUUUUUUUGAGAGCGCAGAAAAAAUUCACGGUUUCAAAACUUUAUUGAGUUGUGAGAAGAUUUCUGCCUGCUGGAAACAUGAAUUUUGGUUUCGAAAAAAAACACUGUUUCAAAAAAUGUAUUAUUUUUUAUUACCACUAUCAUUUUCACCUUUUCACUCAAUAGAAAAAAAAACAAAAAAAAAAUUCAAGAUAAAUUUGUUUCGACUUAAAAUUUACUUUUUCAAAAUAGAAAUAUAAGUUUCUGAGACAAGAUUUUUUGAUUUGUCACAUGUACAAGAACAAGUUUUACUUUUUUAUCUCAAAAGUUUUCAAUAAAAAGUAAUUUUAAAAAUUAUCUGACAAUUUUUUCUUUUUUUUAAAUUUCACUGUUCCAAAUCUAGACCUAAUUUUGAAGUUAAUAAAAUCAUUAUCAUUGUUCAAAACUUUCACUGUUUCAAAUUUGAUAUAUUUCUUUCAAGUUUAAUAAUUUUCUAGUGAGCUUGAUUUUUUUAGUCCAUAACCCCUGAAUAUUUGAAAAAAAGCAUCGAAAUUUUUAUAGAAGAAUCCAAAAAUAAAAAAAUUCGCAAACCUUUUCUCAACUUAUUUUCAGAAUCUCAAUCUACAUCGCCAUUGCAACCAUCGAAAUGUCAAUGCUCAACGGUUAUUUGUGGAUGUUUUCAAGUGAUCACGCGUGGGGAAUCGACACUUUCCCGCUCAUCGCAAUUGCCGCUAAUUUAUGGAUUCGUGGAACUUGUAUUUUAUCGGCAAUCGCAGUUCGAGCACAUAUGAUUGAGCAACAAAGACCAUCUCGAGCUCGAGAUGCUUCAGAAAUUUAUGAGCCUGAUAUGACAGAUGCUGAUGAUGAUUCUCCAGUUAUUUUUGACUUGGCAACUGCUUAA